AUGAUCAAUAUACGAGCAUGUGGACGAGCCCUCGCCGAAUCCGCCCAACUCCAACGCCACGUCCUCGGGGGGGGAGGAGACCGAAACGCACCUAACGCGCUUCGCAGCCGCCGACAAGAAGCUGCAGCAGGAGAUCCUACAGUUAUUCCACAAUACCCGUCAGAGAACCUCACCUCAACUCCUGCCGGGGCCAGAGAUUCAGUCAUGUCAAAUUACUCGGACUCCCCCGACGUCGAGUGCUUCGAGGCACUACCCGCUGACACAUUCGAAGCCAUCGGGUCCGCCUCACGCGGCCUAAAUUGCGCAGUGAUGCAUGCGGUGCGCGAUAUAGGACUGCCUCAGUCGAUCUACCCGGUAGGGUCUAAAACUAUCCAAGGCAUGUUCUCUUUAAAGGAGACCGACGAGUCGUUUUCCAUUAUGCAACCCGUUCCAGGACGCGAUAAUGAAUGGCCAAUCACAUCACGGUCGAAGUAG